CAGAAGGGAUACAUGAAAAUCUCUGAAGACUUGAAAGAAUUGAAUGAGGAACCAUUGCGCUCACCAGGGCGUUUCUCGUCCUCUCUACCGCUGCGAGGGCAUGAGGAGCCCCAAGGGCGUGCCGUCCCCAGCUUUGGCGAGUUCUGCGGUUCCAUGAUCGAACGGAGUGUCACAUUCUUCUCCCAGGAAAGCAAUGUGAGUGUGACAGCUGUAGUUCCCAGCAGAGCUUCUAUUCCUUCAACGUCUUUUGGACUAUAUCUCACUUACAGAUUUUUGAAAAGGCGGCCAUCAAUGGAUAGUUUCUCUCACAACUAUUUGGGAGAUCCCAUUCCAGGAACUUACUGUGAUCGCCAGUUUUUGGAUUGUCUAGGAGUAAAUCGUAAAUGUAGGAUAAGGACACCUAAUUUUCCAGGAUUCUAUCCGAGAAAUAUCACAUGCUUAUUUUAUAUUCGCCAAUCAAGUGCACCUGAGGGGUACAAGACUAGAAUUGUUUUGUCUCAACCGAAUGAUUACAAGAUCUCCGUACCCACUGGCCGAGCCACAUCUACAAGUAGCACAAAUUUUCUUUUGUCCACGGACUGUAUAAGCGGGGACGCUGUUCGAAUCUACGAUGGCCUUUCUUUGAGAUCCCCACAACUUUUAGAAUUCUGUGGUUCUGGGGCCCUGCCUGAAAUUGUUUCGAGUAGUAACGAAUUAUUGGUACAGAUUUACAGUGCCCCUUACCAGCAACUGAGCAACUCUCGGGUGGAGAUUGGAAUACAUGUUCGUUUGGAAAUGGUGCAUUCAGAAACGUUGGAAGACAAUGGACGAUGUUCUUACACAUUGGAAGGAACACAAAGAAGGUGGGGCCUAAUCCAUAGUCCCAGGCAUACCAUGCCGCCCAAUGCUAACUGUACUUACAGACUCAAAGGAGCUUCUGCUACUGACAGGGUAUGGCUUUAUUUUAUCUCCUUCUUCGUAUUAGUCGAGAAAAGGCCUACAGCUACGGAACGCGAGCAUUCUUGUGCCGCUAGCAAAUUAGAAAUUUAUGACACUGGUGACACUAAAUCAAAUACCACCGCAGCUCCAUCCCUCGUCCAGGAACCCAAUCAUAUUUUUUGUGGUGACAACGGACCUCGACUUUGUGCGCACGCUGCUGACUAUCCGCCUCGUUUCUUGCCUCCACGUCCUUGUGAA